AUCACGUAAGCGUGCGUGAUCCCACAGACCAGCUGGGUUGUUAUGGACAUGACUCGUCUGCUGACAACAGACUGGACGUGACCCCGUCACCCCUUGGUUGCCAAGGAGAGACGGGUGGGGCCACCAUGGCUGCCGGGGCUACGGUUGGGGAGAGCCAGCUCCAGAGGAUUAUCAGAGAUCUACAUGACUCUGUUGCAGAGCUUGCCAAAGAGUACAAGGAAAGCGGGGAGCCCAUCACAGAUGACAGCACCAACCUGCAUAAAUUCUCUUAUAAACUGGAGUACCUGCUACAGUUUGACCAGAAGGAGAAGACAACGUUUCUCGGCACAAAGAAAGAUUACUGGGAUUACUUCACUGACUGCCUGGCUAAAAUCAAAGGCGCCAAUGACGGCAUCCGUUUCGUCAAAUCCAUAUCGGAGCUGAAGACGCCGGUUGGGAAGGGCCGAGCGUUUAUUCGCUACUCCCUGGUGCAUCAGCGAUUGGCUGACACGCUGCAGCAGUGCCUCAUGAACCAAAGAGUCACAGGUGACUGGUACUACGCUCGAAGCCCUUUCUUGAAGCCGCACCUCAGUGUCGAUAUCAUCAAUCACUUGUACGAGCUCAAUGAGGUCCACUUUGAUGUGGCUUCCAGAGGUUAUGACCUCGAUGCCUCCUGGCCCACGUUUGCAAGGAGGACAUUGGGAGGCGCAAGCUCACCAGGGCACACUUGGAAACCGCCCAGUCGCAGUUCCAGUAUUAACAGCCUGGCCAGUAGUUACUCCCAGCAAGCAUCAGAGUUCCUCGCCAGCCCGGACUACGGUCAGGGUCAGCUGAAUGACCUGAACGACUCCCUGCCUCCCUGCAGUGAGGACGUCAGCACAGUGGAAGACCUCCGCCUGGAGCUGGACCAGUCGGAGCUGAGGCAGCGGGAACUCCUGGAUCAAGUGCAGGAACUUGGAGGAGAAUCUGAGGAGCUCAGAGGGGUAGUGGUGGCGCUCCAGAGACAGCUAGAUUCAUCACUGGCUGCACAAGAGGAGCAACAAGGCUUGCACAGAGAGCUCACGGCUCUGCAAGAGCGUGAGGAGAUGACUUCCCGGGAGGUGGAGAAACUCAGGACUGGGGAAAAAGCCAGAGAAGCUGAACAGUGCCGCCUCCAGGAAAAGUUAGCAACCACUGAGAGGAAGAAUAUUGAGCUGCUGGCCAAGUUGGAUGGCGCGCUGAGUGAGAAGGGCCAGCAGGCGACCAGUCAUUUUGAUUCAGCGCAAAAGAUACAUGAGCUUUUGGACAGGUUGAAGGAUGCAGAGAAGGGCAAGAUGGAGGCCGUUGCCGAGGCUGAGGAAAAGAAGAGGCAGACAGAAAGGAUUGAGCAGGAGCUCAGGUUGAAGGAUGGUGCUGCAAAAGAGUGUGAAACAAAACUCAGAGCUCUGCUCACAUCUGUGUCUGAGGACAAAGCCAAGCUGGAGAGCAAAGUAGAGGAGCAGCGCAAUUCGCUUGAAGUGCUGCAGGACGCCUUGACGCUGAGGGAAAAGGAGACCGGCAACAUACAGAGGCUGCUACAGGACUGCCAAACAUCUCUGGAGGAGAAGGAGAAAGAAGCAGAAAAGGUGAAAAGAGAGGCACAGGAGAACCAGGUGAAAGUUUGCAAGAGUUUUAGCAGUCAGAGAGAGACUUUAGAAAAAGACAUCACUGCUCUAAAGCAGCAGCUUGAGAAAAAAGAGGCAGAGAUAACCUCCAGCAGCAAACAACUGCAACUCCAUAAAACCCAGAACCGAAGCCUGAGCUCAGAGAGAGACAAACUCUCCUCGGAGUUCCAGCGAUUGGAGUGUUGCAGUCGAGAGCAAAACGCAAAAGUUAAGGACUACAAGACACAGUGUGCCAAUCUCAUGGAGUUAAACGAGAAUCUGAUGACUUCGGCUAAGAGAAAGGACGAGCUAAAGAAGGAGAUGUCAGACAGCCAGGCAGUCCUUGAAGGUGAGUUAGCAUCCCUAAGGGCUUCUGAGAAACAGCUACAAAGACAACUGGACGACGCCGAGAUGACAGUGGGGGAGAAAGAAAAAGGGCUGCGCGAGGAGAAUCGCACACUGGAAGAGAGUCUACAGCGGGCCAACAUGGCUGCCAAGCUCUCGGAGGCUACGUCAAAGCAGCUGGAGAAGGAGAACCAGAGUCUCAGAGAGGAGCAGGACACAGUAAAAGCAUCUCUCUUUUGCAUGCAGGCCGACUUGAAGAAUGUUCACGGGCAGAUCGGGGAACUAGAGAAGAGCUUAGGAGCUUCACGCAAGAACGAAGACGGCCUUCAAGAGCAACUCCGAGCUGUGGAGGCGGACCUUGAGAGUAAAGAGGAGCACCUUGUAGAGGUCAAGUCCAAGUUGAGCGCUCUGGAGGUCAGGGAGAAAGAGCUGGAGGUAGCAAAGGCAAAAGCAGAAGCCGCUUGUGUGAAACAAACAGAAAUGAUAGAAAUGUUUACGUCUGAGAAGCAGGCCAUGGAGAAGUGUCAGCUGCAGACAAGCGCCGCUCAGGCUAAGGAAAACCAGGAGGUGACUGUCAAGCUGACUGUGCUGGAGGACCAGUUGGAGGUGAGCAUGAAAGAAGUGUCCAGGCUCCAGGCAGACAUCUUAGACCUCAAGGUGAAGUUGCAGAGAUCUGAGGAGGAGAAGCUGAAGUCCCAAGCACAGCUGGAUGUGACAGAAGUCCAAAGAGAUGAGUUCAGGACUUUGACCGAGCAUCUUAAAAUCCAAACAGAAGCGCUGAACCAAAAGCAUGUCGCAGAGCUACUGGAGAGCAAAAGGAGAGAAGAGGCGCUGACCGAGCAACGCGACAGAGAGAUGGCCGCCAAUGCCGAAUUGUCCCUCUCUGUGGCCGCCCUCCGAGAGGAGCUGUCUGCCCUGAAAGCCGAAAACAACCGACUCGUCCUGGAGAACACUGAAACGCGAGAUGGCCUGCACAGGGCCAACACCGAGAUGGCCGAGCUGGGAAUGACCAUCUGCAAGCUGAGUUCGGAGAAAGAGGAGGCCAAAAAGCACUGGGCGGACGACGCCGCCGCCCUUGAAGAGCUGAGGCAUGAGGUAGAGCGCCUGGAGGAUUGCAUGGGCGGGUUGCAGCUGGAGAACGACCGACUGGAGGAGGAGCUGACAAAGAAAGAGAAACUUCCUGAAGCUGUCGCAGAACUUCGAGAGCAGCUGGAGAAGAGCAGCAGCCAGCUGCAGACCCUCAGGGAUGCCAGUCAAGAGGAAAUGGAGGCUCUGAAGUUUCAGAUGAGCUCUGAGAACAUGAAUCACCAGGUCCAGAUGAAGAAUGUUGCAGAGGACCUUCUUAAAGUCAAAGUCCAGCUUCAGGAGGAGAUGAAGAAUGUGUCUUGUUUGCAGACAAGAGUGUCUGAACUAGAGGCCGAGAAUGAGCAGUAUUUGCAGCUGAGCAGCGAGAAGGACGCUCACAUCACAAAAACCGAAGCGGACGUCCGUGACAACGAGAGUGCGAUCGAGCAGCUGAAACAGGCGAUAACCAGUGCUGAAAGUGCACACUUGGCGGUGCAAAAGGAAUGCGAGGAGUUGACGUGGAAACUGAGCGCAGCCGAAGCAGCCAAACAAAAUCAGCACGUGAGGUUGACGGCGGAGAUGGAUGACCUCAACAGGACUAAGCGCUACCUGGAGGAGCGGCUAAUCGAACUCAUAAGGGACAAAGAUGCUCUGUGGCAGAAGUCGGACGCGCUGGAGUUUGAACAGAGGAUGCGGGCGGAGGAGCGGUGGUGGUUGGUGGACAAAGAGGCCACCAACUGCCUGGGCUGCCAGGGCCAGUUCACCUGGUGGCUGCGUAGGCAUCACUGCAGACUCUGCGGCCGCAUCUUCUGCUACUACUGCAGUAACAACUACGCCAUGAUCAAGCAGAGCGGUAAGAAGGAGCGCUGCUGCAGGGACUGUUACAGCCAGCACAGUGCUGUGGUGGAGCGCUUCACCGCGGCCGAGCCUAGCCCAUCUGAUCAGCAGCCAUCUCUGCCUGGGGCCGGGCCGCAGCCUGCCGCUGAUCCCACUUCAUAUGAACCUACUUCCAAAGUCACAGUUCUAUCUGACCACAGCAGCAAACCUGAUGAUGGUGCCUUUGACAUCAUCACGGAAGAGGAGGUGAACGGUGUCUACGACAGUGACACCAAUUCCCAAACCACUGGAGGCUCCUUCGAGGGGGAACCAGAGCGAAGGCUGCCCGGAUCCUUAGAUAUAGGUGUAGGAGAUAUAACCCCUGACGACCCUGAGGAGAACAAUCCUGCACUGCAGGAUUCGGAAAUCAACCUUCUCAAAUCAGGAGAACUAACGGAGGCCGUGCCGCUGAGCAUCGACGAUAUUUCCCAGUUUGGCGACGGCUCCCGGGAACUCUUCAUCAAGUCCAGCUGUUACAGCGUGGUGACGGUUGCCGUGGGCGACUGUGGGCUCACCAUCAGUUGGAUGUUUUCCUCUGAACCUAAAAGCAUCUCCUUUAGUGUGGUCUACCAGGAAUUUUCUGACUCUCCGGUGGAGCAAUCAAAGGUUCUUAUUCCUCUGACGCGCUGCAAUUCUCACAAAGAAACCAUCCGAGGGCAGCUGAAAGUGCGUCGGUCCGGCACGUACAUGCUCAUCUUCGACAACUCCUUCUCACGGUUUAUCUCUAAGAAAGUCUUCUACCAUCUGACCAUGGAAAAGCCCAUCAUCUACGAUGGAAGCGACUGCCCCUGAAGCUUUAGCAUCAGAGAUGUGCAUAAGUAUCACCAUGGCAACCGAAGGGAUAAAAAUGUUAGAAGAGACGUUUGAAGAAAAAAAAAAAAAAAAAAUUCUUAUUUUGUCGCUGUCCACUGAGAACAUAUAUCUCUGAUGUUUGUCUCUCGGAGAGAUCUGCUUUUCUUUGUACAGCGAUUGUUGACUUCAUAAACAAGUGAAGCCUUUUUAUCUUUAACAUUUUAAACAUAUCCACCAAGUGAUGUUCUUUUAGUUCCAAUAUGGCUAAGUAAGAAUUAAUGUGACUCGAAAGUUACACUAGCAAUAUGAAAUAUAGCACCUGUUUAUCAUUAUGUUGAACUUAAACGCAUGUAUCUCCAAAUAUUGUGAUUCUUUUAUAUGAAAAACAUUUUUACAAAAAAAAAAUUACAAUCACAAAAGUUGGAGAUACAUGAAUUAUUUUUUUUCAGGAGAAAAAAAUGGAAUAAUUAUUAUUAUGUUGUUGUUGACACAACUUUGUUUCAUAUGAAUGUGACUUGCCAUAAAUGCUCAAAUUAUAGCCGAAUUGUCUAUUUCAACCACAAACAGCGUUAACUGGAUGCCGGUAAGGCUGGUAUUUUCAAAAUUUGAGAACAAAUUGUUCCUACAUUUUUUAAACUUAAAGUGAUUUGGGGUGCAUGAGAAAGUGGAAAGGAAAACAUAGCUCUUUUUGAACACAUGGUCAUUUUUUAGCAAGUGAAUUUCACAAUACAGCAGCAACAGAACCAAAAUUGUAAUAGCAGUAAGGAGCAAACUGCUUUGUCAGGAUUAUUACCGCUGAUGAGUUGUUUGUAAACAUGAAUGAAACACAUUUUGAAGCGCAUACAUAGGUAGAUAAACAUUAUUGGUCAAGUGUAACCACUUUUAUGACAUCAGGAGGUUGCCUACAGCCACAUCUGUUAACACUAAUGUUAAAAUAACCUAAUUGGUUAUUUGAUAUUCUUCAUCAUGCGCCCACACAAAUUAGGAGACUCUGUGAUUAACUGAAAUGAGGUGUUAAUUGGAGCAUUUACGGUGGAAUAACACUAGCCAAAAGAAAUGAUGUAUUUGUAAAAGCAGCCUAUUAUGACAGGCCUGGUUUGUUUUUAUUUCAUUUCUACAGUUUUGUUUUUUCCAAAGUCUUCCAAAUCCCAUUCAAUUUCCCAAAUGAGGUCAAACGUCACGCACUUCUAGGAGGCAGUCAUCAUUUCAUGGAUUUGGAAAGUAAAACAUUGAAAAGAAUCAGACAAAAAAAUAACGCCCUCUUGCUUCCUACAAAGAGAUGAGACAACACGUUGCAGUAUUUCGCUGACUGUUACCUCCAAGUGCCUAUUGACUCUUAAUUGGCAGGAAUUGUCAUGCACCUUGACGCCUGCUUUGAAAAGCAGUGAGGAAGACAACUUUUGUGUAUGUUUGUGAGCGUGUAGAUUUGACUAUUAUUUUAUGUCUUUUUUUGCCAUCUUUUUUAAAUAGCUUCUGCUUUCCUUGUACUUGAAUUAUGUGUUUUUUUGGAACGCAAAAAACUGUUUUGAAGACACUACAUUUUUCUUGCUAAAAUACAAAGGGCUUAACUUUGUAGAUCUUUUCUAUUUGUAUGCAAAGACUCAUAUUUUGUCUACACAGCUGCACUUGUUGAAGAAAAUAUAAAACGUUCACAUGAUACAAUCUGUUUAUCGAUGUCUUUACUUGCAAAUACAUGCUGCAAUCAAUACUAAACUUGUUAAACAAGGAGUUCUGAGGUUGACGGGUUACAUUUGGGCUAAUGAGAGGUAAAAAGUUGUGGU